CAUGGAGCGGCGCGGAGCGCACUAAUACCACCUGUGAAGAAGAGGUCAUCAGUGAUCAAUAUAUUACGGCUCUAGCAGCACAAACCAAAUCAUCACCAUGAAACACUUCCUGAGUCCUUUAUAGAAGCAAAGAAUGUGGGAACUGUCUUGUGGGAUUGGAGCAGUGAUGUAUCAAAUCAGUGGUGCCUGAUAUGUCAGGGGAAAAGAGAAGAAACAGUAAUGUAGAACGGUGCUUGAAAAACAUCGUGUUUUUUCCUUCCUGCUCUUGUCCACUGCCUGGAGUUUUGGCAUGUUGUUUGUGAAAGCAGAGAUGCUUGCUGAAGAUGUGAUGUUUGUCCAGGUAUGCCUAUACUUCUACUGCAAAUGUUUGUGGCGCUGCCUGAAAUUCGUGGUCAGGAAACUAACAGGUCAAUGUGAAUUGCAAAGGAUCUGUUACAAUACCAAACCUGGAGCUGCCAGAACUAUGAAAAUAGAGGCAUCCCUGAAAGGUUCAAAAAGUAAGCGGCUGCAAACAUCAGUAAAUGUUCACCCUGAUGCUAUUGAAAAAACGAUAGAUGACAUCAUGGAGCUGAAAAGGAUUAAUCCAGAUAGAAAUCCACAGUUGGGAGUAUCUCUUCAGGCAUGCCUGCUGCAGAUUGUGGGGUACAGGAAUCUCAUUGCAGAGGUCGAGAAGCUGCGCCGAGAGCCGUACGAUUCAGAGAAUCCGCAACACGAGGAAAUGCUGCUGAAGUUGUGGAAAUGCUUGAAGCCGAAUUCACCACUGAAAGCUCGGAUUUCGAAGCAAUGGUGUGAAAUUGGUUUCCAAGGUGACGAUCCUAAAACAGACUUUAGAGGAAUGGGUCUCCUGGGCUUAUAUAACUUGGUGUAUUUUGCUGAAUGGGACACUGAGAUAGCUCAGCAAGUUCUCACUGAUUCUCUUCACCCUAAAUACAGGGAAGUCACUAAGAAGGAACUAAGCCAACUGAGCAAAGCUGAAUGGGAGAAGAAAAAGUUUGAUAAGGCAAUUGGCUACUCUUUUGCUAUCGUGGGCAUUAACAUAACAGACCUUGCGUACAACCUGCUGGUGAGUGGGGCUCUGAAGACCCAUUUCUACAAUGUUGCUCCAGAAGCACCAACACUCACUCACUUUCAGCAGACGUUCUGCUACUUAAUGCAUGAAUUCCACAAAUUCUGGAUUGAUGAGGAUCCACUGGACAUAAUGGAAUUCAAUCGCGUCAGAGAGAAAUUUUACAAGCGCAUCUUGAGACAGCUCCAGAACCCAGAGAUGGCUCUGUGUCCUCAUUUUGCUGCAACAGAAAGUUUAAUCAAUAUGUAGUUACUCAGUUGAUUUUAUUUGGAAGCACUGUCUCACUCUUGAUUUAGAUCACUGUUAGACCAUCACUAGCAUACUGAAUGACCAUGGCAAUCGUGUGCAUGUUUUUGGCGCAGUGUUCAUCUAUUUUUGUCACAUGAUCCCCUCAUACUUCUCUUGUUGGGGAUUUUUCAUUUUAAAUGGGUGCUCAUAUUGCCUCAUUAUGCAGUGUUACCUUCUGAAUUGAUGUCCAGAUAUCAGAGUUUUUCUAUUUUUUUAGACUUUUCCUCAUAAUUCAGCAUUGACAAUUGAAUUGUAUUUCUCUAGCGGUGUUUUUGUAUAUGUGGAAUAAGUAGCUGGAUCUUGUAUUGUGAAAGCUUUUUAACUUCUUGGUAUGUUUUAAGAUAACUACUGGCAUUUCAAGCAAAAUAUAUGUUUGGACCUCAUCUAGAAGAUAAUGUAAUUUAAUCUAAUGCAGACAAACACAUUAAAGUCCAGUUUUCUCCAUGCAACCAUUAUAUGCUUAAUGCAAAAUUAAUGAGGCUUAUGAGAUACAAGUUUCAGUGAGAAGAGUUUAUGCAGAAUUGCAAUCAAAUGCAUGAAUACCAAAUGGUCUGGUAAUGCUAACACGUGAACUGUGAACACAUUCACAGCUAACAGAUACUGGCAGGGGCCAAAAGUUAUAACAUCAGGCUGUUGUCACCAACACCACCAUGCUAAAGUAUGGUCUAGAUUCCUGCACAUUCCUUUGGAUAUACAGAGGCUAGUGUUUUGUGUCAUGUUGGAAGGCAACAUGAUUUGGUCACGUGGUGCUUGGUGAAUUCAGGGGAGGAACAAAAAUAUGUGUCUUUUCUUUGAACUACUGAAAAUGUUGCUUUGGUUGUUAAUUCAAUUCCUAAUAGCUGGGAGAAAUAAUUUAUUAGAAAGUUUAGAACAAAACUGCUUAUGUUUCCCAGACUACUUAUAAAAAAAUUUAAAAUGGCAAACUGCCUUUUUUUCUAAAACCAUAAAUAAAUAGAAGUGUUUGACACUAAGAUUGUGUAGUAUACUGAACAGCAUCUACCAUGGCAUUUCAUACCCAUGGUAUUUUUUACCUUCUAAGCAAUCAGUUUUAGUAUUAUAUGUUUGUGUAAAUCACUUGCAUAUGGAGAUUAAAUUGAGUAGUGUCCAACUACUUGUGAAUUAUAUGAAUAAAUUAUACAUCAUUCUAAACUGAA